AUGGGAGAUCUGGCGAAGAGCGAUCAUAAGGCCCUUCUGAAUCCUUACAAUGCUGUAUGGAUUGGAGGCCGCAGAAGGCAAGGUGGUAGAAGAUACAGUUUCACAUGGACAGAUGGUAGCUAUUUCACGUACACGAACUGGGCAAAAUUUGAACCAAACGACAAAAACCACAAGGAGGAUUGUGUAGCUAUGUAUCACAGUAGAAUCGAUUGCAAAGAGGAAAUGAAAUUCCUCAAACACUGGAACGAUCUGCCCUGCGAUACAAAACUAGCCUUUGGCUAUGUGUGCAAAAAGAAAUUCACGAAGGUUUGUCAUCUCACCGGCGAAACAUAA